UGGCGAUUUGUGAUGUAGCCAUGAAGUAGCUUUUAGUAUCCAAUGUCCAAUGUUUGCAGGUGAGACUAAUGCGUCACACUGCACUGUCACUCUUUCAAUUGUUGAUUGAUUACGUUUAAGAAUAACACGUGGCCCGAUGACACAGACAUCGGAUUAACUUUGAUUUCCAGUCUGCGCCGUAACUGACCACCACCUGACAUUUGCUGGAUUUUCCCGAGUCCGUCGCCUGAAAUUAACUUUACCAACCAGAUGAAUUCUAAUUGUAACUCGCUCCGAUACUACUCCUAAAAUGUUGCGAUCGCCAUCAGCUGACCGGAACAAGGAAGCUGUUGCCCAAAUCCUCAUGCAUUACGCAGGGCUCGAUAGGACUGGGUUUGCGUUGGAAGUUGGAUCGGGCACUGGACAACAUGUGGUUCAUUUCGCAGCAAGGAUGCCAAAUAUAACGUGGUUGCCAAGCGACAUCGAUGAACCAUCCGUUACCAGUAUAAAUUGUUACCUUCAAGUAUAUCAACUGAAGAAUAUAUUGCAGCCGAUUUAUUUAGACGUAUCACAACCCGCCCAUCAAUGGAGUCCUCAUUUGAUACCGGCAUCCUGUGAUCUUAUUGUGUGUAUUAAUGUUAUACAUAUCUCAGCCAUCACCACCACAUCAGGUUUAAUAAAAGGUGCGGGCACUGUGUUAAAAAGCCAUGGAUUGUUAGUAAUGUAUGGGCCAUAUAAAGUACAUGGUAUUAUAACUCCACACAGCAAUGUAGAGUUUGAUAAGCAGCUCAAAAUAAGAAAUCCAGAGUGGGGUCUUCGAGAUAUAGAUUAUCUUAUUGAAGUAGCUGAACAAAAUGGAAUGAUACUAGAAGCAAUGCAUGACAUGCCAGCCAACAAUAAAACAAUUGUUUUUCGUAAAAUCAGCUAG